AUGGACCUAAAGAAUGUUGAAACACACAUUGUAUUUCAUCAAAAAUAUGAGAAAGGAGCUUAUAGAAUUCUCGACUUUACAAAGGAGUUGGGAGACCUCUAUGCUGAGAAGAUAGAAACUAAUGCUGAUGAAUUCCCAAACCUCUGUAUAAAGGGGGCUCUAGAUGAAGAGGCGGUUUUCUGCACAGAUGAUGCAACCUUUCAGCUUCGAAAACGACUUACCACCAAUUCGAUGCUUAUUUGCUCCGAAGUACCAAUCUCCGAUGACUCGCCGUUGCCCGAAAUACAGACUGACAACGUUACAUACGACAAUACACAUGAAGUGCGAAUGGUUGAAGUAUUGGACAAUCAGACGUUUACUGGGGAGCUGGUUAGAAUUAUACCAAAAUUCGAGAAAAUGGACACCCUGCUCGAGGCCACCAUGUAUAAAGGACCCGAUGAAGAGGAGCAAUAUCUCAAACAUAGUACAAAGUUCUAUACUCUGGCUGAUUUGGACGAGAUUAUACAAGCAAGUUUGGAAGAGAUAAAACAAGUAUUGAAGAAGCGACUUGCUAUUGAGCUCGAUGGAUAUUGGAGAUACAUCGAUCCAGAUUACAUGUAUAGAACACUCGACAUUAUUCUUUCAACCGCAAUAUCCGACGGUAUUUCACUCGACGAAAUACGAUUAUCAGACAUUUGUAUGUCUUUAAACGGAUUAGGAAUCCCUGAAGAUAUAGCUCGACAUUGCUUGAAACAAUUUUCUGAAGUUGGCAACGAACAUGCAGAUGACUGCUCUUAUAGAAUAUCAAAGACGAAAGUUUGCAAAUACAUGGGGACACAUUUGUUACGUAAAGAGAGGGAUAAAUACCGGUGGAUGGUUGACGAUUUCGUCACAGAAUGGCAGCAAAUUGUACCAUUUGACUUUGAUCCGUCUCUCGACUUGCUACGAGGCGAAUAUCUAUUAGACUCUGAUUCUGCCCUCGGGAAAUCUACCAUUCGAUAUUUUUCAGCCUCCGAACUUCCAACAUCUGCACCUGAACGAUUCGAUAUUCUCUUUGCGGCAAGAUUUAAAUGGGAAGCAGAUGAUAUUAGAACCUAUGUGGAGGAUAUCUCAUUCGAUACUAUGCAUAGAGAUUAUUUACUAUUAGAGCAUGGCAGGCUAAUUAGAGGAAACGAAGGAAAGUUGUGGUUUUGCGGAAAGUACAAGAAUAAGCGGGGAUGA